AUGGCACAAUCAAUCGUAAUCCUCGGCUCAGGAAUCAUAGGCGUCUCCACCGCAUAUUAUCUCUCUCAAUCUUCGCCCGCCUCCUCAAUCCACCUCGUCGAGCCCUCCCCCGAACUCUUCGCCUCCGCAUCAGGUUUCGCUGGCGGAUUCCUUGCGGCAGAUUGGUUUUCUCCCUCCGUCGCGGCCUUGGGGAAGCUCAGUUUCGAAGAACAUAAACGGUUGGCAGAAGAGUUUGGCGGGAGGGAGAAGUGGGGGUAUUCGAGGAGCACUGGUUUGAGUUACACCGCGAGGAAGGGAUCGAGGAUUGGAAAAAGAGGAGACGAUUGGCUACGACAAGCUUCAAGCAGGUCAGAUACAGCUGUAGUCGUGAGUGAGUUUGCUGAUGGCCACACCGGACUGUUGGGUCCGGAAUGGCUUUCAAGGAGCGCUGGCGAUAAAAUCGAUUCAAUCAGUGAAGAAGGCAGCACAGCUCAAGUGUGGGUUCGAAGCGUUACCGAUUCAACUCAAGAGCUUAAUACCUGCUUAGAGCGAGGAGUCCAGCUUCAUCACCCAGCAAGAGCUGUAUCGAUUGAUAAAGACAUGCGAGACGAAUUAUCAAGCAUCCGACUUGUGAAUACUGAAACUAAUAUGGUCUCGGAUAUUCCGUGCUCGAAGAUUCUGAUUGCAGCUGGGGCAUGGUCGACGCAGGUGUUCUCCACGUUAUUUCCGACCUCGCAAACGAAAAUACCUAUAUCAAGUCUUGCGGGUCAUUCUCUAGUUGUACGCUCACCUAGAUGGAGCAAAGAACACGAGGAGAAAGGCUGCCAUGCGAUUUUUACAAGCGACGAAGACGGAUAUUCGCCAGAGCUGUUUUCCAGGCUGGGUGGCGAGAUAUAUAUUGCGGGACUGAAUGAUGCAUCUCUGGCAUUGCCUAAAUUUGCUACCGACUCCAAGAUUGAGGAGGGUGCUGUUAGCAAGUUGAAGAAGGCGGCCCAAAGACUCCUGGGAACAACCGAAAAUCUAGAAGAAAUAGAGGUUGUCAGAAAAGGAUUGUGUUUUCGUCCUAUAACUAAGCAGGGUACGCCGAUAAUGACAAAUAUCCACGAUGAGAACUUAGGAGGUUUGAGUACACGAGGGGCUGGCGAAGGCGGAGUCUGGCUUGCCGCUGGUCAUGGUCCUUGGGGAAUCAGUCUUAGUCUAGGGACCGGGAAGGUCAUGUCAGAGAUGAUUCUUGGGAAGUCGACAAGUGUCGAUGUUGAACGGUUGAGACCAUGA